AUGUGGUUUAUUUACUACAGAAUAACUGUGAUUUUUAAUGAGGGUGUGUGUGUGCGUGCGUGCAGGUUCCGGACGUUUCCCGGUGUGGCGGUGGGGGUGAAGAACGAGCCGAUCCUGGGCUUCACGGAGGGCAGCGCAGAGAGGAAAGAGCUGCUGCAGGCUCUGAGCGCUCUGAAGGGGAGGACGGAGGACAUCCCCUGUGUGGUCGGAGACGAGCACGUUUGGACCAAAGAUGUCAGAUUCCAGUUAUCUCCGUUCAAUCACUCGCACAAAGUGGCAAAGUUCUGUUACGCUGACAAGGAGCUGAUCAACAGAGCCAUCUUGGCAUCUAUAGCAGCGAGGAGGGAGUGGGACCUAAAACCCGUCCAGGACCGAGCCCAGAUCCUCUUCAAGGCCGCCGACGUCAUCAGCGGACCGAAGAGAGCCGAGAUCCUCGCCAAGACCAUGAUCGGACAGGGGAAGACGGUGAUCCAGGCGGAGAUCGACGCCGCUGCAGAACUGAUCGACUUCUUCCGGUUUAACGCCAAACAUGGCGUGGAGCUGGAGAGCCAGCAGCCGCUGGACGCCGAGGGGAGCACCAACACC